CCCCUCAAGCGUAAUCUGGAUUAGAGUUUCGUCCGGUCUGCAGCCAGGACUCCAAUAAUCACAUUAUUCUCGAUUGGGUUUAACGCCUCCCGAAGCGGAAGGGAGGAAGGAGGAGCGAUGUCGAGCGGCGCCGACACCUCUGACGCGUUAACCUCCGAGAUGAACUGUCUGUGCGGGCGAGAUCUUUUCAGGAGUUUGGCCGUUUUGGCGACGAGGACGGGCGCCAAUCUGAGUGAAGUUGACUGAGUAUUUCCUGCCUGCGGUGGACGGACGGCGCGCAUCUCCGUGUGCGGGCACGCCGCACUCUGCGGCACUCGGACUGAGCACCGCGGCCCGCACUUGAAGCGCAUUUCUGCACAAAUCGAUGCCUUAUUUACAGGGCUGUGGACAUUUCCCGACCUCUGCCAGUGAUCUCGCGGGACCAGCUGGUCAACCAUCGCAGAUUCACCAUCCAACAUGAUAAGCUACCCAAGGAGGAUCUUACAAGUCUACAUGCAGUUACAGAGUCACAUUGUUAGCACCACGUUCCAUGUUUUGGAGGUCUGCUACUCCUUUUGGUUGACGGCGUUCUCACCAUAGCUCGUGGUUGACGGCCAGCAUGGAGGAGAGCAAGCUCAUCUUCAGCCUGGACCGCCAUGAUGAGGGUCCCACCGUGGCCUUCUCCAAAGACAAACCACAAGCCAGAGAGAGCCGGCAUAACCCCAGUCUGGGGAUCGACUUGGACCUGAGCCAAGGGCACCGCGCCCAGCCCCCCUUCCUGCCUCACUCCCCCUCCUCCCCAGGCUCUUUAACUGAUCUGUCAGCAUCAUCAGCGGGCAUGCUUAUCACCACCAACUUGGUCAAAUCCUCCUCCACGGACCUGGAGCCGAGGGAGAGCAGCUCUCUAAGAGGCAAACCUCUGCUCAGCCUGGUCAAGUCCCUGAGCACAGAGAUCUCCCGUCGGGUCGAGCCAGAAGUCAAUCUCUCCAAGUCUGACUCCAAGCUGCAUUUGCAUCCCUGGAAACAGCUUACCCAGCCAAAGAUAUCCGAGGCAAGGCCUGAAGCACGAGGACUUAAUGAGAGUGACGAUUGGGUGUCACCUCCUUCCACAGGCAGCAUGUCUCCCACUGAACCCCGGGGCAGCUCGCUGAUCGCUGAGCUGGAGGACACACGGAGGAAGUUCUCGGAGGCCAUGCAGGAUCCUCUGAGCAUGCUGAGUAAGAUCAUGGGCGAUGAAAACUCUGGCAGCCCCAAGCAGGGGAGGGCUUCUGGUGCCGGAGACUCACCAGCCUCCCAAGGGAGCUGUGGAAGAGAGGGGAGCAGCGAAGCUUCAGACUUUAAGUGCCGGAGGAGGACUGACGGUGAGCACAGAGGUGUGUGUGACACUCCUCUGAGAAGACUCCAAAAGAGUUCAUUAAUAAAGUCCUCCCCAGAAUGCCACACCCUCAGCAGAGACAGCCAUAUCGAAAUUCGCACUUACGGAGAUAUGAUUCAAGUGGUGGAGCUCCAGAAUGGAUCCAGAGUGACACAUCAAAAAACUUACACCCAGUCUCGAGGCACGGUCCCAGGCUCAUCGCUGCCCAUUCACUGGCUCUUCCCCGUGGGUCUUCUAGCUUACGGGUUCUUUGUGCUGCCCCUCCCUUCCUAUCUGGCGGGUGUGUCUGUGGGGGUCGCAUGUGGCUUUAUGCUGGGCCUGGUGGUGGUGUUCAUGUUUGCCCCACGACGCUCAAAUGCCAGAGGCAACAAGGGCUGUCGGGUCAAGUCCAACAUGGAUCCGCUGGACAGAAAGCUUAAUGAUCCAGAAAUCCUAGAGGGCUGGAUGAAUGAGACACACAGCUACAACCCUGAGACUUUCCACCCCUCCGUCACACAAUCUGUCUACGUCACACUGGAGGGCACCCGGGUGCACCUGGCACACCCACGUGCCGCCAUCCCACGGUGGGCGGCGUUUGACGAGACACCUCGCGAGGCUGUCUUUUUGCGUUCACGCACUUAUCAGCUGGCUAACUGUAAGGUGUCUUUGUUGCCUCCCGGUUUGGCCCGCAAGAGGGUGUGGAACAAGAAGUAUCCCAUCUGCAUCGCUCUGGCUGAGGGGGAGGUAGGGGAGGAGAGUCUGGUUGAAGGGCAGGAGGAGGAAGAAAGCGCAGAGAGACACAACGUACCGGACCACCAGCUUCCUGUUACCCUCUACCUGUUUGGCCGCACAGGAAGAGAGAAAGAGGAGUGGUUCCAGCACUUCCUGUCUGCCUCCAGGGCGGGAGCCAAGAGUAGCGUGAGUGGUGAGGAGAACACAGAAGCACUAUGUGGUGGAGAUGCAGUUAAAGAAAGCACAGAGGAGCCGCAGGACUUGCCAGGAGCCAUGAAAACAAGAACACUGUUGGACUACAGCAUUUACAUGGCUCAGCUGAUUGGGUCAGAGAGUUGCAAUCCCACCCCCAGCCCCUGCCACAGUGACAAGGGAAGCCCCACGACCCACAAGAAGAUUCAGAAUGAGGAGCACGGCUCUGGAGGUCAAGUUGGAGCUGAGUCCAGUGCAGGUUCAAGGGUAGGGGGAUUCUCUGCAGAGGGCCAGCCCACCUGGGUGAACUCCCUAGUGGGAAGGAUCUUCUGGGACUUUCUCCGGGAGAAGUACUGGACUGAUCAGGUGGCGCACAAGAUCCAGAAAAAACUCAGCAAGAUCAAGUUGCCAUACUUCAUGAAUGAGCUGACUCUGGCUGAUCUGGACAUGGGCACCUGCCUACCUCAGGUCCUUAACACAUCCAAACCUAUGCUGGAUCGCAGAGGCCUGUGGCUGGAAAUGGAAUUGAUGUACACAGGCUGCCUUCAGAUGACCCUGGAGACCAAGAUGAACCUGUGUAAGCUGGGGAAGGAGGGAGAGGACGAGGCUCACACUGUUCCAGAGACCCAACAAGUGGGCUCUAAGCCCAGGCUGUGUAUACUGGCUGAUAGUGAUGAAGAGUCAUCCAGCGCAGGCUCAUCCGAUGAAGAGGAAGUCCCUCCAUGUGAGCCCCAGGGAUCUGUGGGAGAUAAGAGCACAGUGGUAUCGGCUGAUGGGCACACUGGUGGCAGCACAAGUAGGAAAAUCUUGAGAUUUGUGGACAAGAUAGCAAAGUCCAAAUACUUCCAGAGGGCCACAGAGAACGAGUACAUCAGGAAGAAGAUCGCUGAGGUGUCCAACAUGCCUCUGAUGCUCAGCGUGGAGGUCCUGGAGCUCUCUGGUACUCUGGCCAUCAACAUUCCCCCUCCUCCUACUGACAGGAUAUGGUACAGUUUCCGGGUGCCCCCCAGGUUAGACCUUCGUGUGCGUCCCAUGCUCGGGGAGAGGGAGGUCACCUUCACCCAUGUCACUGAGUGGAUCGAGAAAAAACUGCAGUGCGAGUUCCAGAAAGUGUUUGUCAUGCCCAAUAUGGACGAUUUAUAUCUGCCCCUGAUGACAUCUGGCCUGGAAAACCCGCCUGCAUCCCACCACUCUUCCGUCCAGUCCACAUCCCACCAGUCCUCCAUGGAGUCCCAGGAGUACGUGUCAGAGUAGUGACCCCUUGAGGCUGCAGAUGGGACACUCCUGAUGCAAAAUAGCCAUUGUGCAGCUGUUGCCAUGGAUCUCUAAUGGAUUCUGAGGCCGGGUACCGGCUUGGUGUUUAACAGAGUGUUUUUGUUGUAACCUGUGCGGGAUAGAUGUCUCCUGAGGACACACUGAAUAUAACUCAACUGUACUUAAUAACCUUAACACCAGUGAGAACACAUAGUGCAAGGGAUUUCCAAAAGGGACCUUUUUUUUUUUUUUUUUAAAAUGCUGAUGCUGAUGUAGGCGCAGGACUGAACAACUGGAUGUCUUUACUGCACAAAAACAAGGUGCUGUUGAUGGCCUCUGUUUUAAAAGAAUGCAGAUUGAACAGCAAACUAUCCAUCCAUCAAUUUUCUAAUCCGCUGACCCUGUUAAGGGUUGUGAGGUUGAACAGACUAGAAACUGAAAGACGUGGAGAUAAUAACCUGAUAAUUACUUGGUUCUGUUCAACCAAGCUGCCGUGGUGCAUGUGAUUUCUGAACAGUGUUACUGUAAUGUGCUCAUGGAUUUAUCA